ACUUUAUUUUGUCCCGGAAGUGAAGAAGAGAAGAGAAGUGUCAUGGCGGAGGCGGAUGGGGUGAGCGCGCGGGCAGUGCUGCCGUAUCUGCGCGAGGCCGAGCUGAUUAAACAGGGCGCGGAGGCGCGCGUGUACCGGGUCCGGUUUUUAGGGAAGAGUGCCAUAGUGAAGGAGCGGUUCCCCAAACGGUACCGGCACCACGUGCUGGACGAGAAGCUCACGCGCCGCCGGACGGCUCAAGAGAUCCGGUCCAUCCUGCGCUGCCGGAAAGCGGGUAUCGCAGCUCCGGUCGUCUACUUCGUGGAUCUCAGCACCAGCUGCAUUUUCCUGGAGGAGAUCACCGACUCCAUCACGGUGCGCGAGCACAUCGCAGCCGCUCAGGCUUCGGGACGGUCCACCGAGUCCCUGCACGGCCUCGCCGAGAAGACGGGCCGAAUCCUGGCCAAGAUGCACGACGAGGACGUGAUCCACGGAGACCUGACCACCUCCAACAUGCUGCUGAAGUCGGAGAGUUCCGGAGACCUCGCGCUGCUGCUGAUCGACUUCGGCCUGAGCUUCGUCUCCGCCCUACCCGAGGAUAAAGGCGUGGACCUGUACGUGCUGGAGAAGGCAUUUCUCAGCACACACCCCAACACAGAGACUCUGUUCCAGAAGGUUCUGCAGAGUUACACCGCUGCGUCCAAAAAAGCUCCGGCGGUGAUUAAAAAACUGGACGAGGUCAGGCUCCGGGGCAGGAAACGGUCCAUGGUGGGAUGAAGGAGAGAAAAAUCUAACCAGCAAUAAAGUCAUGUGACCGCUUUUGUAAAUAAAGCUCUCUUUUUUGAAUGUUGA